UUUUCCACCAUCACAUCAUGAGUUCUUUAUGCAACUAUUCCCACCCAGAACUACAAAUUACAGAUGGCCUCAUCCGUCAAGAUACGGGGCGGCUUUUCCCCUAUAACCCCGAGUUUUAUAACAACGCGACAGGCCUAUACGGCCCUGGUACCAUCUAUUGUUGGUACAUGCUUCUCGUGUCUGUUCUCGCCAGUUGGGCCUUUUGCCUAGCAGACGAGGAUGGACCCAAGAAGCCAGGCCUUUCAAACGAUCUCUUGGGAGCUCUGGCAUAUCCUGUAUUUGCCGCGACGGACUUAGUUGUGCAAUCGAUGCGGAUGCUGGGGAUGGAAAAACGCGCACUGGCUAUCUUUUGCUUACGCAAUCCAGAGGUUAAUCUUGACCUGUUUGGUCCUUUCAAUACCACGCAGCUCGAUCUGAAUCAUAUUCCGCCCGAUACGGCGAUAUUGGGCCAGCGUGUCGUCGAUAUCACCGGGCCGCUUACUAUAUGCUAUUCCGCAACACCAUUUCUUCUUAUUCUUAUCAUUGGGUUCAUGAUUGAUACCGACUAUGCACGGAAUUGGAAGCCAAAGCCAUCGGCACGCUGGGUGGUAAAUGUAGCUUAUGGCUACAUCUCACUGAUGCUCACAAUAUUUCACUUCAGUCUCGGUGACAUAGGAACCAGCUUCUUCAUCGCCCUCUACGAGGCAAUGCUACCGGUGAUGCUAACCAUCAUCUACCUCUUCACCGCGUUCAUCGGCCUGGCCUUCCUUACUGGCAUCAUCAUGCUGGCAUGGUCAAUGAUUGAGAGGAACUACAAAGACACGGUUGAAGCUCUAAAAGGUCUGGGAGGCUGUAUCUUUUUCGGUGGUAUGCUGGUUGUGCCCUCAAUGUUGAUGAUUCACCGAGACCGUAGUACUACCAUACCGGAUUUGGCAAUCAGGGUCAGUGAAAGGGACCAGUUGGCGACCUUGAUUGGCGGUGCUGUGACGUUGACUUUUACGGUCGUUGAUGUUUUUAGAAAUUCUUUUCGGGAGAGACAUGAGGAAGAGGCACCCGAUGAGGAGAUGCAAAUCCUACCGACUGCCGAAGCUUAA